AUGUCCAAUCCCAAGCCUACCGGUAAUUCUGACAGCCUCGGGGGUGUCCAGAUCCCACCCAACGCGUUCGACUUUAUCCCCGACAUGGCCGCGUUGAUCAACCGAGUCUUCAGCGACGAACUGGACCCGAAGGACAUCAUCCGCGAGUCGAACCACAUCCUUCUCAACCUGAACAAGGCGCGCGAGCUGAUCGCCAACCUACCGUCGGUCGAAAAGACCCUCGAGGAACAGUACGAAGCUGAGAAGGCGCUUGAAGAGCGCAUAGCUUUGCAGCGCAAGAUGCUCAAGGAGGUUGCCGAGAUGGCGGAGGUGAAGGAUGUGUUGCAAGGGUCCGUAGAAAUGGAAGUUGAUCGCUAG